AUGCAAAGUUUAUUAUUACAUGCAUUUUUGUUAAUAUUUUUGCCUUUAAGCAAUGCCGAUUCUAUAAAUGGCUGCGCACCGAAAAAGGACUCUCCUGUGAAAGGGUUUGACAUUUCCUACUAUCAUUAUCCAAUGAUUCCAAGUAAAGGUAGUAAUAAAUGUUUCACUUUUGAUCCAGUUUAUGUUCAAUACAACUACCUCCAUGGUGAUUAUCAAACAUACGGUGGUGGAUUGUUAGGGACUAGUAAAGGUGUUACAGACCUAUCCUUUAGUCUAGGUGAACGUGAUAGUUGUAAUCCUCCAGUAAACGGUAAAUUGCCAGCAAAUUAUAAUUUCAACGAUCCUAUCACAAUCACAAAUUUUAGUAUGUUAAUAACAGGCUAUUUUUAUGCCCAAAAGUCUGGUGAAUAUGAAUUCUCAUUAGACUAUGUUGAUGACCUGUCAUAUGUCAAUAUAGGUGCUGGUAAAGCUUUUGAUUGUUGUCAUAAGCAGAUAUCAGUUACUGACCCAGGUCCUUUUGACCUAUCAACCAUUUGGCCGAAAACCAGUGAUACUGCCACUGUAACUCUCUUGGAAGGCUUCUAUUAUCCAUUGAGGAUAUUUUAUAUAAAUAGACAAUCACUGGCAGAAUUGAAGAUUUCAUUCAAAGAUCCAGAUGGAAUUGUUCAUCACAACUUUGACGGCUACAUAUACUCUGUUCCUGACGGACACGAAUGCCCCGCUAUAAUUACUACAACAACCAUUCCAUGGACUGGAACAUUUACUUCCACAUACACUACGCAAUCAACUAUUACAGGAAGCGAUGGAAGUGAAACCGAUGAAAGUAUUAUCGUGAUCGAGACCCCAGAAGUUGAAACUGCUACUACGAAGUACACACCAUGGACUGGUACCUACACCACCACAUAUUCCACAGAUGUAGGUACAGCUACUGGCUCUGACGGUGUUCCUACCAUUGAAACGACUUUUUAUGUGGAGACCCCAGAAGUUGAAACUGCUACUACGAAGUACACACCAUGGACUGGUACAUACACCACCACAUAUUCCACAGAUGUAGGUACAGCUACUGGCUCUGACGGUGUUCCUACCAUUGAAACGACUUUUUAUGUGGAGACCCCAGAAGUUGAAACUGCUACUACGAAGUACACACCAUGGACUGGUACAUACACCACCACAUAUUCCACAGAUGUAGGUACAGCUACUGGCUCUGACGGUGUUCCUACCAUUGAAACGACUUUUUAUGUGGAGACCCCAGAAGUUGAAACUGCUACUACGAAGUACACACCAUGGACUGGUACAUACACCACCACAUAUUCCACAGAUGUAGGUACAGCUACUGGCUCUGACGGUGUUCCUACCAUUGAAACGACUUUUUAUGUGGAGACCCCAGAAGUUGAAACUGCUACUACGAAGUACACACCAUGGACUGGUACAUACACCACCACAUAUUCCACAGAUGUAGGUACAGCUACUGGCUCUGACGGUGUUCCUACCAUUGAAACGACUUUUUAUGUGGAGACCCCAGAUAUUAGCUCUUCUGAUAUCCGAUACAGUAAUAGCACGAGUAUUCUUCCAUCUAGUACAGAUUCCAAUGAUAUCACAUCUGCCUUUUCUAGUACAGGUUCCUACGAUAUCACAUCUGCCUUUUCUAGUACUGAGAAAUUCUUUAGUACGAUAACCACAACUACUCCAAGAAUUAUCACAACCUCCACCACAACAGAGCUAGAUUGUUCGACUUCUGAAGAGAUAAUGCCUAAGAAAUCAACACAAGAAAUCAACAUUACGUCAUCAACGACUACACCCGAUAGUUCAAUAAUUAUAACUUCUGAAACUACCCAUAUAUUUACAAGUGCGCAUACGGUGAUAACUGAAACGCUCAAAACUAAAUCUAAAUGUCAACAAAGCAAGACAGUGUCGAACAAUGUUGAACAACUUGUAACAGUCAGCACUACCGCACUUAAUGAACUUAGUGUGACAGAGUCUCAUGUUUCUCAAUCCAGAGCUUCUUCAAAUGAAAUGCAGCGUCCUGGGACGACAACUAAUGAGUUUGAGAAAACGGUUUCUGAAGCUUCUCAAAACAAUCCAUCCAUUCAAAUUUCCACGCUUCCGAUAGCUGUGACUUCAUUAAGCAAAACUGUGGAGACAUAUUUUGAAGGCAAGGCUAAUAAGAUAUCCACGUCAAACUUAAUAGUAAUGUUGUUAGCAUUAUUGUAG